AUGGAAGAAGUGUCAAGUAGUUCUCAGAGUGUGGAGUUACUAGAGCAUAAUGAAGGUAACAUUGAGAAUGAAUCGGAGAAAACAAGCAAUGUAAAAGAGAAAGUAGAGGAUCCUAAGGUUGGCAUGUUGUUUGAUUCCAUCGAUGAGCUUGUGGAAUUUUACAAAUUGUAUGGGAAGGAAAAGGGUUUUGGCGUGUCUAUAAGAACCUCUAAAAAAGGAACCGAUGGGAAGGUGAGGCAUGUGACCGUUGCUUGUUGUCAUACUGGAAAGCAAAGGAUCAGAUCAAGCAACCCCUUUAAAUUGAAAACACAAUCAAAAACAGAUUGCAAAGCUAAGCUUAGUGUAGUUCUAUGCCCCAAUGAAAAGUGGAUGCUGAACUCCAUGAUACUUGAUCAUAACCAUGAAUUGAGUCCAGGAAAAUCCCAGUUUUACAAAUGCCACAAGGUUCCUCAAUCAUCUAGGAAAAUGAGGCUUGAAUUGAGUGAUAAAAUCGGUAUAUUGAACAAUAGUUUCAAUUCAUUUGGGGUUGAUGCAGGAGAACAUCAGAAUUCGCCUUUUUUAGAGAAUGAGUGCAUACAUCUUGUUGAUAGAGUCAAAUGUUUACAGCUGCGGGAAGGAGAUGCUACUACAAUGAACAAUUACUUUUUAAAGAUGCAAGUUAAUAAUUCAAACUUCUUUUACAUGAUGGAUUUGGAUGAAGAGGGUCGACUAAGGAAUGUGUUGUGGGUAGAUGCAAGGAGUAGGACGGCAUUUAAAGAGUUUAGUGAUGUAGUUACAUUUGAUACAACAUACUCGGUUAACAAGUAUGACAUGCCAUUGGCUCUUUUUGUGGGGAUGAACCAUCAUGGGCAAUUGACUUUGCUAGGUUGUGCACUGAUAUCAAGCGAAGACACCGAGACAUUUACAUGGCUAUUUCAGUCUUGGCUUACUUGCAUGUCUGAAUGCCCUCCUAGUGCAAUAAUUACAGAUCAAGACCAAGCCAUGAAAAAGGAUAUAGAGAUUGUUUUUCCUAAUGCACGACACCGGUGGUGCCUGUGGCAUAUCAUGAAAAAGAUACCAGAAAAAUUGAAAGGAUGCGGACAAUAUGAAUCAGUCAAGUUUUGUAUGCAAAAUGUUGUUUAUGAUUCCUUAACGAAAGAAGAAUUUGAAGAAAGUUGGGAUAGGUUCAUUGAGAAGUAUAAAAUUGAAAGAAAUGAAUGGUUGCUUGGGUUGUAUGAUGAGAGGCAUCGUUGGGUGACUUUGUGA